ACCCACCAACUUGCAAUGUGUUCUGUCUUGCUGCGGAUGAUUGUGAUAGAGGGCACUAUACUUGUGAUCCUAACACAGGGGCCAAGGUUUGUCUUCCUGGAUAUGCAGUUCCUGAAAAUGAUUGUAAACUCAAAACAGUUCCCCCACCAUCUGAUCCAGAUUGCCCAACUGACUCUCCAUGUCUUUAUGGAAGAUGCUACAGACGAGCGUGUUGCUGUAAUGCACAUUACACAGGAGAUAGAUGUGAAACUUUUAUAGAUUAUUGUGUCAGUAAUCCAUGCCAAAAUGGUGGAACGUGCAAUGCCACUGUUGGAGGGUUUACAUGUACAUGUCCAAAAGACUACACAGGGAGAUGGUGUGAAACAUAUGAUCUGCAAUGUCCUCCAAAUUACUAUAACCCACCAGAUUGCAAUGUAUACUGCCUUGCCGCAGAUGAUUGUGAUAGAGGUCAUUAUACUUGUGAUCCUAACACAGGGGCCAAGGUUUGUCUACCUGGAUAUGCAAUGCCUGAAUAUGACUGCAAAAUAAAAACGAUUCCCCCACCAACUGAUCCAGAUUGCCCAACUGACUCUCCAUGUGUUUAUGGAAGAUGCUACAGACGGGCAUGCUGCUGUGAUGAACAAUACACGGGUGUUAGAUGCGAGACCUUUAUAGACAAUUGCGUAAGUGAACCUUGUUUAAAUGGAGGCACAUGUAAUCCAAUUGUAGGUGGGUACACAUGCACUUGCUUGAUAGACUAUUCUGGUACUCAUUGCGAAACACAUGAUCCACAAUGUCCUCCAAAUUACUACAAUCCACCUGCUUGCAAUGUGUACUGUCUUGCUGCGGAUGAUUGUGAUAGAGGGCAUUAUACUUGUGAUCCCAACACUGGUGCAAAGGUAUGCAGAUAUGGUUGGGAUCUACCAGAACUGAACUGUACACUCAGAAUUAUCCCAAAGCCAGUUGAUGAAGAAUGCCCAGACUCUGAGAUAACUUGUGUAGCAGGUCAGUGUCAUAAUAAAUCUUGCUGUUGCUAUGACAACUGGACAGGACCCCAUUGUGACAUACCAGUAGACCACUGUUCAAAUAACCCUUGUUAUAAUGGAUCAACAUGCGAAAGAGAGACAGAUCGAUACAGAUGCAUUUGUGCAAAAGAUAUGUAUGGGUAUAACUGUGACACAUACUGUAAACCAGCUGAUGAUUGCCCAACUGGCCACUACACAUGUGACAGUAAAUCAGGAGAAAAGAUAUGUCUUGAAGGUUGGGAGACUCCGGAAAUCAACUGCACACUUAGAAUCAUCCCUCCUCCUUUAGAUUCUGAAUGCCCUGAUGAAGGAUUCUGUGCCGCUGGUCAAUGCCACAACAAAAGCUGUUGUUGUCAUGACAAAUGGACAGGAAUGCUUUGCGAAACAAGAAUUGAUGAAUGCCUCAGCGAACCAUGCCAGAAUGAGGGUACAUGUCAAGCAGAUGAGUCAAAGUACGAAUGUCUUUGCGCUCCAAAUUACUAUGGCUACAACUGUGAAACACUGUGUAAAGAUGCAGAUGACUGCAUCUAUGGGCACUAUGUGUGUAACAGAACAACGGGCGAAAAGAUAUGUCUUGAAGGUUGGGCUUUGCCAGAGAUAAACUGCACACUAAGGACAAUUCCACCUAUUGUAGAUCCUGAUUGCCCAGAUAAUGGUGUUUGCGUAUCAGGGCAAUGCCAUAACAAUGGUUGCUGUUGUAACGAUCAAUGGACUGGCGAGUUUUGUGAUGUCAUAGUAGACGCCUGUGCAAGUAACCCAUGCCUGAAUCAGGCCACCUGUAACCCAACAGAUGGGGGUUACACAUGUCUUUGUGAUUUUCGAUAUACAGGAACUCACUGUGAGACUUUCAUUCCAAAGUGAUUAUUUUCACAACCUCCAAGUUAAUCGUGCUUUAACUGUAAUAUAGCCAUUGUGCUAGCAAAAAACUAGACUUAUAUCAAAUUUCAUUGUAAAAUGUAACAAAUUCAUUGUGUUAUAACAAAUGCUUUCAUUGAAUAUAAUCUUUUUAACUGUAAUUUAGACAUUGCACUCGUAUAAACUGCUUUCAUCAAAUAAAUAUACAUGUAUUAUAAUAAUUAUUUUAAAAUAUAAUAUAGACAUUGUGUUAAAUUAAACUGUUUGUAUGAACUAUAAAUUUUAAACUGUAAUGUACGUUAAGCUGGGCUAGUAUAAAAUGUUUUCAUGGACUAUCAUAUUUUUGUAAACUAAAAUAUAGUCAUUGCAACAGAAAACAUGCUUUCAUGGACUAUCAAAUUAUAAACAUUUACUGUAGACACUGUCCUAGUAUAGACUGUUGUCAUGGACUAUCAAAUCAUUUAACUGUGCAACUGCCUAGUGUAAACUGUUUUCAUGGACUAUCAUACUUUUGUAAACUGAAAUGUAG